ACGAGAUAACCAUCAUCUUAACCGACUCACCAUCCACAACGCACAGCUUCGUGCUUGCUUUCACUCGCCGCUUCGGCCGAGCCCACUCGGCGUGUGUCGCAACUAAAUGCCUCAUGAUUCUUCACCGGCUUCUCCGAGCACUACCCACUCCUCAUCCUUUCCGUUCCGACUUACUCUACGCUCGUGCCAACGGCUUCAUCUCUCUCAACCCUUGCAACUUCCGGUGCUCGUCAUACGACCUCACUGUCUUCGUUCACGCCUACGCGCGCCUUCUCGACCACGCGCUCAGUCUCGACCACGCCACGCUCACUGAUCAGCCAGUUAAUGUGACUAACUUCAUUGAGAGAAUCAAAGAGGCUGAGCGUGCACUUGAGCUGGUUCCUCAGGUUCAAGAUUUGUUGGACUUAGUGAUGGAGUGUGAGCCCAUGGGAACUACACCAUUGAGUUAUGUGACACGGUUGGCGAUGGAGCAGAUUGCGCGUGAGAGUUUUGCUUGUUAUGCGGCGGUGCGGCAUGCCGUCCCUGUUAUGCUUGAUAACCUCUUGUGCAUGCGCCACCAGAGCUGUGUUGCUGGGCUCGGUGUUUACCGUCGUGCAGCUGAUCAAGGGAGAAGGUUGUGUAAGUUCUAUGAGUGGUGCCGGGGGAUGAGGCUGUGUGCGGUUAAUGAGUAUCCUUUGAUUGAGAGGAUUCCAUGCAUUCAGGUGCGUGCGUUGGAAUCUUUGGUUGCCGGGUUGUGGCAGCUCACUGAGUCUGAGACUUCAUCCUUGUCUUCGUCUUCGUCUUUGUCGUCAUUGUCUUCGAAAUCACCGGGGAAGUCGGUGAAAACUUAUGAUGUUGAGGUUGAUGAAAAGCCGUUGAUAAGGUUGGAGGAGGAGGAAGAGGAAGGAUGGGAGGAGCUCUUGGAGGCAUCUUUGGAAGGCCUUAGGGAGUAAAUGGAGGUUGUCUAAUACUUGGAAGCAAAAGUAUUGAUGGGGAAGUGGCAGAGAAGGAUGAAUGGAGGUUGCAUGGGGGCUUGUAAUUCUUCUGGUUUGAUUAAUUUUUUUUCCCCUGAUUUUGGGAAGCUUGGAAGAGAUCAGUUGGAACAGUGCAAUGGUUGUAGGUAUGUAAUGCAAAAAAAAUUAUGGGUCUUAUUUAUUUGUCA